CGUUUGCUGGCGGGCGGGCGGGCGCGCCUCUCACUCGCUCACUCAGCCAUGUCGCUGAAGAAGCACGUUGCCGCGGGCAAGAAGCGCAGCACCGACUCCGGUGUGGAGACAGAGCGGGGCGCGCUGACCCAGGCGCAGAAGGACCAACGGAUCAGCCUCUUCCUCAGGGGCUUCAACCAGCAGGCCAAAGAGAAUCUUCAAGAAAUGAAGAAAGAAAUUGAUUCACUUUUGCAAACAGCUGAGAAAACAUUUAGAGUGGAGUUACUGAAGAUGCCAGUUGCUGUCAGAAAAAUGAAAAGAAAAGACUUGCUUAACCUGCAAGGAAGAGAGGAAGCUGCUGUUGUAGCUGCCGCUGUUGUAGCAAAUGACUGCUCUGUAGAGGACAUUCCAAAUACCAGGCUGGUGAGGAAUUGCAGCAAAAGAGUUAAGGUAACUACAAUUGUUGAAUAUAAAGAUGAGGAGACUGUGCCUGCCAGAAAAGCAUCUAAAAAGGUGUCUAAAACAAAAUCACUGGUUUCUUUAGCUUCUGGCACACAUCUCAAAGAAAACCAUUCUCUUUCUAGAUCUGCAUUCUCUACUCCAAAUGUGAGGCAUUUUAAGGCUCCUACAUCUGAUCGCACAGCUGCAAACUAUAAAUCUGCUCCACGUGUUUCUAGAAGAUUACAACAAAUGGCUGUCUCAAGAACUGUACCUACGAGAGAAAAAGUCCAAGCCAUGUCACUAAGAAGUAACUCGGUGCCUCGGGAAAAAGCUGUUCCAUUUGUUAAUAUACCUCUGGCUGAUGGAAAGACUCUCUGUUCUGCUGGUGAAGACCUCCAUAACAUCAAUGUCGAGUUGCUUAAUGAUGACACAGUUCAGCAUAUUCAUAACCUAGUGAGCCAGUUGACUGUUUUAUGUGGAAAAGCAACAGUUAAACCAAGUUAAUGGAGUCUACGUGCAUAUGUUGUGUUCUCUCAGUUGUGUAUUAUAUAAAUAUUCUGUGCAGUUA